AUGAAGGCUCAAACCAUUGUCGCUGCUGCCGCCGCCCUCUUCGGCAUCACUGCCAAAGCUACCUUCUCCGGCACUGGUUUCGGAACUUGGUACUAUGACCUCGAGGAGUCUGAGAUCUGUGGCUACGAUGUUUCUUCCUUGAACAACGGCAAUGCCCUCUGUGGCUGGUACACCGCCAGGACCCUCGAGCAGGUUGGUUCCGAAUACCUGGUCGCCAUGAACGACACCCAGCUCAAGGAGGACCUUACUGGCUACUGUGGUAUGCAGGUCAUUGUCACCGUCAACGGUGUCACCUCCGACCUCCCAUUUUUCAUCGGUGAUGGUUGCCAACGCUGCUCUGAGGGUUCUCCCGACGCCACCACCUACAGCGAGAGUGGUGCCCCUGGCUUGGACUUCAGUUACCCUGCCCUGAACGCCUUGUCUGGUGGCGAGGCUUGCGACGACGGCUACAUCGAGAUCAGCUGGGAGAUCACCGACAACAAGAUCUACGACCUCUUCGACGCUUAA